CAGUUCUCAUCACAUCCGAUCAACGGCCCGCAGGUCUCGUCAACGAUACAUCCAAUUCCUUUGCGUGUGUACGAUCGUUUCCUUGCUUGGAGCUCACGGAGGCCCCAAAAAUGGCGGAGGAGGAAGACGAAGCGGAGAUCCUCCGCCGCCUCCAUGGGGAUCGCCGGAGCCUCUGCUCCCGAGAGCUCGAGCUCCGCGAAUACCCCGACAAGUACGUGAUCCGAUCCCUCGACCCCGAUGCCGCCCCCGACCGCGCCUUCUCCAUUGGCCGCUCCGAUGGCCUCCUCCAACCCCUCCUCCCAGGAGAUGCCAUUUCUGAAAAUCCUUGUAAAGUUUCGACGAUUUAUGGGGUAGCUGGCGUUAUAAGAUUGCUUGCAGGAACAUAUGUGCUCGUAAUCACUUCUCGAAAGGAUGUCGGGACUUAUCACGGUUCCUCUAUCUACCGAGUGAAUUCUAUGAGAUUUUUGCCCUGCAAUGAAGCUUUGAAGCAUUCAACCUCACAAGAAAGAAGAGAUGAAGCAUACUUCACGUCCCUUUUGAGUACUGUGGAAACAACACCAGGGUUAUAUUUUUCAUAUGAAAGAGAUUUAACUGUGAACUUACAGAGGGCAUCCAAAGUAGCUGAAGAGAGAAUCUAUAAACCACUCUGGAAGCAGGCUGAUCCUCGCUUUAUUUGGAAUAGAAAUUUGUUGGAAGAGCUUAUUGAGGCUAAGCUUGACCCCUUCAUCAUUCCGGUGAUACAAGGAAGCUUUCAGACCAUACAAUUCACCUUAAAAGAAAUUCCUGUGAAAAUUACAUUGAUCUCGCGAAGGUGCAAUAGGCGACUAGGAACAAGAAUGUGGAGACGAGGAGCAAAUCUUGAAGGAGCCACUGCAAAUUUUGUUGAGACUGAGCAGUUGGUUGAGUUUGAGGGUUUUAGAUCCUCAUUUUUACAGGUUCGCGGUUCAAUUCCUCUUCUUUGGGAGCAAAUAGUGGAUUUAAGUUACAAACCACGGCUUAACAUAAUCAAUCAUGAAGAGACGCCGAAGGUUGUUCAACGUCAUUUUCAUGAUCUUGUGCAAAGAUAUGGGGAGACAAUAGCAGUCGACCUGACUGAUAAACAUGGUGACGAAGGGCAGUUAAGUCGCGCCUUUGCUGAUGAAAUGGAAAAAUUUCCUCACCUCAGAUACGUGUCCUUCGAUUUCCAUAGCGUGUGUGGCAAAGGGAAUUUUGAUAACCUGCAAUUGCUUUAUGACCAAAUCAAAGAAGACUUUGAAAAACAAGGAUACUUUCUUGUGAAUGCUGAAGGGGAGAUAUUAUUGGAGCAGAGUGGGAUUAUUAGAUCUAAUUGCAUUGAUUGUCUGGAUCGUACUAAUGUCACUCAGAGCUUUCUUGCUAGGAAGUCAUUGGAUUCACAGCUACAGAAAAUGGGAGCAUUUUCUUCAAGCGAAAGCAUUUCUAACCAUAAAGACAUUUAUGAUAUGUUUAAAAUAUUAUGGGCUGAACAUGGGGAUGACAUUAGCCUAGGGUAUGCUGGUUCUCAUGCUUUAAAAGGGGACCUAGUAAGAUAUGGAAGGCAGACUUUACCUGGGUUGAUAAAGGAUGGCAUGAGUGCUCUCUCACGGUAUUAUAUGAAUAAUUUUCAAGAUGGAAUUCGUCAAGAUGCAUUAGAUCUUAUUAGCGGUCAUUAUACUGUUAGCAGACAUGGCCCAUCUCCUUUCCAUCUAAAUGCCUUUGAAACAUUCUCGUAUCUGCCGGUGGCAUCGGCUAUAAUAAUUGGAGGAAUUACCCUGACAACGGUCACGUUACAUCAAGCAGUCGGGCAAAAUGCGCAACGUUUCGUUUCUUCCAUACUUUGGGCCGGCGUGACUGCUGGAGUGUUGGCCCUCGUGAAAGCAAACGGGAAGCAGUUCUGCUCCAGGCCGCGCUUGUGUGGCCUUCUGUGACUUGCAAUGUUCAAUUCAUUGUCCAAUUUCUUUUUAUGAGUUGACUUACUUAUUGAGAUUGUAUAGGAAGGCUUAUUUGUGAGUACAGAAAUGUAUACAUAUUAUGCUAUGUUUCUGUGUGUUGUUUAUGAUAGACUAUAUCAUAAGUAAAACCAAUGAGAAUUAGGGAACCUAAUGAGGAUUCAUGAUUUGGUGCAGUGAUUCAUACGAAAGAGAUGGUUAUAUAUAUAUAUGUUUUUUUAGAAGGAA